CGGGCGCGGUAGGAGGCGGCGGGGCCGCGGGCCCGGGCCGGUGACUGCAGCGCCCCUACGAUGGACGCCCUAGAAGAAGAGAGCUUCGCACUGUCCUUCUCCUCUGCCUCUGACGCAGAAUUUGAUGCUGUGGUUGGAUGUUUAGAGGACAUUAUUAUGGAUGACGAGUUCCAGUUAUUGCAGAGAAACUUCAUGGACAAGUACUACCAGGAAUUUGAAGACACGGAAGAGAAUAAACUCACCUAUACUCCCAUUUUUAAUGAAUAUAUUUCCCUGGUGGAGAAGUACAUUGAAGAGCAGUUGCUGGAGCGUAUCCCAGGCUUCAACAUGGCGGCCUUCACAACCACACUGCAGCACCAUAAAGAUGAAGUGGCUGGGGACAUCUUUGACAUGUUGCUCACAUUCACGGAUUUUCUGGCUUUCAAGGAGAUGUUCCUGGACUACAGAGCAGAAAAGGAAGGCCGAGGACUGGACUUAAGCAGCGGCUUGGUCGUGACUUCUCUGUGUAAGUCAUCUUCUACGCCAGCUUCCCAGAACAACCUGCGGCACUAGGUCCCACCUUCACACAACAGGUGUGAUCGGUAUGAAGUCACCAGCCCAGCAGGCUCAGAGAAAUGGGCUAAUGACGACAGAUGCAUCCUGCAAAGACCCACUGUGCCACAGCCCUUCCUUCAUGUGAAGUAUUGAUGAGUCCUGGAAAACAUGACUGACCCUCCUGGCCUUCUCCAGAAGCUCCUUCCUGCAGUCAGUAGCCCUCAUAUUCCUCGCUCCCAUCCCCAUACAGAUCCCUCUCCCAGAUGCUUCUGAGUGGCUCUUCUGGAGCAGGCCCGGGUUGGCCACCUCACCUUGGAGGUGAGGGGCUCUCUUCCCCAGCAACAUGGUAGUGUAGUGUGUCAACAGUGUGAACACCACAUCAUUGUAAGCCCUUCAUCCCGCAGGCUUUAGUGAGUCUUUGUUCUCCUACAGUUUUCACCUGGGUCCGGUUCAGGUGUCAGCCUCAAUGGGGCUUUUGUUUGGGUGUGUUGAUCUAGAGAGUUACAGACCAGCUGCCUGUCCUGGUUUCUGAAUCUCCUGUGAUUACAGCUUGACUGCUGUAGGAUCCACUGAGAGAGCUGUCCUCUCCCCACAAGGGAAAAUGGACUCCUUACAUUAGCACUCCUUUCACCAGCGACUCCUGCUGGUCGUGAUGUAGCCCCCCUGUUCUCUACUCUCUAAACAUUAUUUUCAAGAAACAUAUUUUUAUAGAUGAAAACUCAGGCUAACCUAGUGAGUAUGAUCUCGGGAUGCCCAUGAUCAACCACUGACAAGAUCAAAGUAUUAUAUGCUGUGUGCUUUUUAGUUGUGAGUGCUGGAGUGCAGAUCUGCUUUCCCAUUGGUGCCCCCUUGCUGGGCACCAGUACAAACAGGCUGUGUGCUAGAAAUGGGGCAUAGCUGUGUCGUGACAGCAUGCUAGGUGUGCUUGUGCAUGUGUGUCUGCUGUCCUAUCACAACAGAGUGCUUGGUGUGCUUGUGCAUGCUUGUGUGCAGUCCUUCGUGUAGGCCAGUGAGCUGGGUUUUUUAUUGGGGGUGGGGGGAGACUCUGCUGUUUGUUUUCGUACAAUCUCUCCUGCUAAGUUGAUGCUCGACCUGGGGAGAGGGACAGGACACAGGUUUUCUGGUCAUCUGUCAUCUUUGGUGGACUGCCACCAACCAGGAAGCAUGUGUGUCACAUCUCUAGAAAGAAAACAGUUCAAAUCCUAAUGUAUACUUUUGACUUUAACUUUUAUAGUAAACGUAAGACUCCACGCCGACUUUUCAUGUGACAUUCUGACUUUAAAGGAUAUAAGCUAAGCUCUGUGUUUUUUCUGUAGCUGUGUGUCACUUGGUACUUUUGUAAAAUAAGUAAAAUUUGAGGUGUUUGGCAAAAAUAA